UCGCGAAGAAAAAGCCGAUCCAUAUUUGAAUACUUUGAAAGUUGGAGUGUUGUUUCCGUUGAAGUUUGCAGUGUGUCAUCGACUGUUUCAGACAAGAAACGUUUUGAUAACGUUUGUAACAUUUGGUCCAAUUUUCAAGUGUUUAUUUUCUUUUGCCCGGCAGUUGCUCUAAAGGAUAAAACAUUAGCUUGUCACACCAAAGACCCAACUUCGUUUCCUAAUGUGUGUAUAUUGCUUGAAGCCCAUUACUGAUGUCGCCGGGCAAGACUUUCCUGGAAUAUUACAAAGAGCGGCAUUGAACCCUACUCGCUCGCUCACUCAAUGAAAAAGAACCCGCACUAUUCAGCACACUACAUUGUAUCAAUGACACAUACUACCGGAAUGUUCUCCUUUCCAGUUUAUAUACGGACUUCGACAGAUGAGUAUGGUACAGAUGACUGCCUUUUACAGAAUACUACCAGCAACGCCGUUGUUUAACCAGACAUACUGUGGAUUAUCUCAUGAAGGGAAAUCAAAGCCACAAGAUGAGAGGAUGAUAUUCGUGGUUUUAGCACCAUUCAAGUCAUAUGAUGGCAGGGACACGCGUGGGUACACCUUGCACUCCUAAGUUGAAUAGAACUUGGGUGCUCAGCGUGACAAACCACUGCACAACGCUUUAACGCCUGCGCGAAUCUGCAUCAAUAUAACAACGCUAUUCGCAUGUGCCAGGUUAACUGAUUAACAUCAAUCCAGAGUUUCGGUGUUUCACCUAGUAUCAUCACUAUUUGAUAGUGAUUCAUUAACACAUGCUCUUAAAAAAGUCGAAAUCGCACAGUCGACUGUGCUUUAGCAGAGAUUUCUGUUGUAUAUGGAACGGAUUUUGUGGCUUUUAUUCAAGUUGGUGCGUUUCGCUCCAGACGUUAAAGGUUGUGGGUGCUGGAUGUACACAGUUUACAGCAGUAUGUUCACAGUUUUUGAACCCAUUCCUUUUGUGUCAGUCCUGCUGUUAACUCGACACGUCGGUUUUAUCUUACAAUACCCUAACUAUCCCUGACUCACUGGGGCAUACACAUAUAACAGCCUGCAGCGAGGAGACACUUCACAACGUAACCCACGUCGCUGUCUGUCACGACUCCCUCACACUCGCAGAUGACAAGCAUGGCGGCGGUCAGGUGUGUGUGUGUACUCCUGUUUAUAAUAGCGACAAGCAAGGCGGCCACUUCGCCACACAUCGUCUUCAUCGCUGCUGAUGACUUAGGAUGGAAUGACGUAGGCUGGCACAAUCCCCAGAUGAUAACUCCAAACCUUGACAAAUUGGCAAAGGCUGGCGUAAUCCUGAACAGUUCCUAUGUUGCGCCCCUCUGUACACCGUCUCGGAGCUCCUUCAUGACGGGGAUGUAUGCUUACCACACCGGCCUGCAGCACAUGGUAAUCCAGCCUGAGUCCCCCGCCUACCUGCCCGCUAACUUCACCACGCUCCCCCAGAAGCUCAAGGAUCAGGGCUACAGCACACACAUGAUAGGGAAAUGGCACCUGGGGUUUUGUAACUGGAACUACACCCCCACCUUCCGCGGCUUCGACAGCUUCCUGGGCUACUACAACGGUGCUGAAGACUACUACACAAAAAAAAUUCGAGGUGGACUUUUGGCGGACGGGGUGGACUUCCGGGAUGACAAACAGCCCAAAUACACCGAGGAGUAUUCAGCAACGGUGUACGCAAGAAGAGCUGUGGACAUCAUCAAGUCACAUGAUCAGUCUAAACCUCUCUUCCUCUACCUCCCUUUCCAGUCAGUGCACAACCCCAUACAGGUCCCCAAGCGCUAUGAAAACAUGUAUCCGAAUAUAGAGGACACUCAGAGGCGCAAAUACUGCGGAAUGGUGUCUGCCAUGGACGAGGCUGUUGGGAACAUCACACAGGCACUGGAGGAGAAUGGGCUGAUGGACAAUCUCCUUCUGGUCUUCACAGCAGACAAUGGGGGACCUACUUUUGCUGCUGCCAACAACCUACCCCUGAGGGGGGCGAAGUCAACGCUGUGGGAAGGGGGUACCAAAGGAGCAGCAUUCGUCUACAGCAAGACAUUGCUCCAGAAGUCAGGAUAUGAGAAUACUGAGAUGAUACACGCUUCAGAUUGGUUCCCUACUUUUGUGCGGUUGGCAGGUGGGCAAGCAGAUUCGACCAUAGACGGUGUCGAUCAAUGGGUGACCUUGAGUGAAGGGAAGACAACUCAAAGGACUGAAUUCAUCUACAACAUAGAUGAAGUUUCUGAGAAUGGUGCAAUUAGGGUUGGUGACAUGAAACUGAUAGAGGGCUCCCCAGGUAUGUUCAAUGGGUGGUACCCAUUGCCCAGGGUGACAAAGGAGGAGGCCGACUUCCCCCCGGAACUUCUCGACAUGACAGAUACCUCGAGCGACACCUAUUUGUACAGGCUUUUAAAAAAACACUUUAACGCUGUAGGGAGUACGGAGUACCGGCUGUUUAACAUAUCGGCUGAUCCAACUGAGCACUUUGACCUGGCCGAGAAGUACCCGGAUAUCGUGUCUCAACUCAAAACGACGCUGGACACCUACAAGAAGUCUUUGCGCCCAGCUUUUAACCCUCCGUCGACGUACAAAGCGAAUCCUCUGUUCUAUGGCGGUCUGUGGAGCCCUGGCUGGUGCUAGUUCUAAGUCAGUAAGAAGUACUAUAUUACCUGUAGAUAUGACGGCGCGAAGGAACCGACAAUGUAAUAUUUUUUAUGGUUCUGGUGAUGCUUAAGGCUAUUAAUCAUGUGUAUCUGAUGGAGGCGACAAACAGGUUUGUCUGGACCCACAACUUACUGUUAUUAAACGCAUGGCUUAAUCAUUUUAUUCCAAAGUUAUCUGGAAUAAAGUAUUUUUUCUUCAAACAAUCCCCGGCAGAUCAAAUCAACAGAUGACACAGUUCUACAUUGAAAACCCCGUAUGUUUAACCGAACGCCGUUCAGACUACAGAUGACAUAGUUCUACAUUGAAAACUCUGUAUGUUUAACCGAACGCCAUCAACUCCACAGACAAUAUAGUUCUACAUUGAAAACUCUGUAUGUUUAACCUAACGACGUUAAAUCUAUAGAUAACAUAGUUCUACAUUGAAAACUCUGUAUGUUUAACCGAACGCCGUUCAGUCUACAGAUGACAUAGUUCUACAUUGAAAACUCUGUAUGUUUAACCGAACGCCGUUAAAUCUAUAGAUAACAUAGUUCUACAUUGAAAACUCUGUAUGUUUAACCGAACGCCGUUCAGUCUACAGAUGACAUAGUUCUACAUUGAAAACUCUGUAUGUUUAACCGAACGCCAUCAACUCCACAGACAGCAUAGUUCUACAUUGAAAAUUUGCAUGUAUUUUCUGUGUUCUGUUGUACACAAGUCCAUUCUCGAACAUGUUCCGAUUUCUAAAAGUGUUGGAAAGCAAUCUUCUUUUGUAAAGUCCUACUGUUUCCUGGGACAGAACGUUGUUCCCAGUCAAGCGAGAGUGUUGAUAUUGCUUAAUACUAUAAACACGGGACACAAUUCUUUAAAAUUCAAACAUGUUGAAGACCUAAUUUACAAAAUAUCAAGCAUGACAUACUCAUAUUUCCCGCUAGUAUCACUUGUCAGGUGUUGUGUCUGGCAACAGCUUCUGAACUAUGUUUAUUUGUUGUUUUAUUUACUCGUCAGUGUGUUAAGCGCCAUCAAAGCAAACAUAUUAUUUAGAGACGCAACAUCGUUAAGGCCGCGGCUUGUUGUUUACAUGAUUGUGCCGCCAGCCAUGGUUUGACUACCGCCUAUAAUAAAUACUUAUUUAUUACUUUCUAAACCGGUGACAAGUUUAAUUUGAAAUUUGCUCUCCACUGAAGUGACAGUUUAUUGAUUGUCCUCGGACGUGAUCCAAUAUUACUCACAAUGAUCAGAUUCACUAAAGAGGAGAAACGAAGAAACUUCAGAGCAAAUAGUCAAUAAAAAGUCAAUAGAUAUUGUGUGUAUAAUUCAUGAAAAUUUUGAAUAAAUAGAAGUCUACCGUU